AUGUACAUCGCAACGCCAAAGCAGGACACCGCUCACGUGGUGGAGCACACGUUCCUCUUGUGCAAGCCGGACGCCGAACAGUACCACCGCUACAUCCUCCAGACCGUAUCAGACGCGGGUUUUCAGGUGCUCGCGAAAUGUUUCAUCAUCACGCCCACUCUGGCGGAAGAGAUCGCGAGCACGUUUCAAAGUGUGAGGCAUUGCAUGCACGCAGACCACGGGGUGGAGAAGCUCUUCUCCCAGGGCAGGACCGGUGUGCCGGGUGAUCAGCAAUCACAUUCCGCCAAGCGUCGAGAGGCGGGGGAUGGGGGAGGCUCUGGCACCAACAUGGCAGGCCUGGGUCAGCAUGGCGGCGACAGCGGUGCCAAGGGCAGCGGGACUAUCAUCAAGCGCCACCGCAACCAUUUGGAGUCACACCAGAGUAUCAUGGCGGAGAUCUUGCGCCUCACCAGCCGCCACGGCAACACGGAGGACGGCGUCAACGCGGGGCUGCCAGACGCCACUGGUGGCGUCCCCGAUGCCGUCACGACGGACGCAGAUGUCCGCGGUACUCCUGCUGUUGCGUCUGCAGGUGGUGGUGCGGGUGUUGGGGGCGAGAUGAACCGAGAACACAAGCCCGACCGCCGCGUGGCGACGGCGGCAGUGUUAAAAAACACGAUGCUCGAGUCCCUGUCAUAUCAGGAUCUUCUUAAUGAGCACGUGCAGCACCUUGCGUUCGGUGGCACGUGCCUGGCGGUGGAGCUAUCGCGGCAAAACGCGGUGGAGCGGCUGCUGGAAAUAGUUGGGCCGGAGAACCCCAUUGACGCUCGCCGUGUGGCGCCCAGCAGCAUCCGUGCACGCAUCGGGCGGGAUUUGAUCCGCAACGCCGUGCAUGCCGCCUCAAACUUGACGGAGGCGAGUCACUGCAUCUCUGCUGUGUUCGGUUUCGCGACGCAGUACUCCGCCGCGGACAUGCGAGCCCAAGCGGUGCUGACGGAGCCCGGAGGCAACAAGAGCGACGCGCCGGUGAGCGGAACCACGUCCGUGGUGCGUCCACACUGGACACUAGUGAGUGUGCCGCAACGUGGCGUCCACCGCGGCCCGCUGACGCNAGCAAGCGCCCUCCGUAUCGAAGGUACCAACCCGGAGGCACACGUGUCGUACUACACCGGAGAAUUAUCAUCGGGCGAGGGGGCGGGAAAUGCGGGUGCGGCUGGUACGCGUGCAGCGGGCCGCACUACACCACAGGAGGGUGCCGCGUGGCAGAAGAAAGCGGAAGAUCUUGAACUGCAGCUCGCAGAGGAGCGGACAGAGUUGGCCACGAAUGUGAAGCUCCUCCGCGCGCGAGAACUAGACCUCCUUCUGCGCGAGCACGCCCUUGAAAAGGCGACACAGGGCAUAUUCGCCCCGCCGCAGCCGGUUCCACAGAAUCAGCAGCACCAGGUUGAACGACGCAGCCUCUCGGGCAUUUCGACGCUUUCGGUGGAGGGGCAGGUGGCCCAGACGGGAUUCCUGCAGUCUAUCAUACCGGGGCAGCAGCUGCUGGGCAUACCGGGCGGGCUGGGCGACAUGCCGCCGCGGCGGGCUCUGCCGGUGCCGCAGCAGUUCUCACAACGACGCCUCUCCUCCGGUAUCGCAGCCCACGUCACGUCCGGUGCGGCGCCCGUAAUCGAGGCAGAGGACGUGUCGCUUCUGCUUUCGAGGUCAGUUCGCCUCCGUGCACUUUACGCAGCGUUGGCGCGCCGCGCAGAGUCCGGCGAACUCAUGCGAGAGGAUGUGGUGGCGCUGUACGACCGCAGCCCUGCGAUCCAGCUGUUUUGGUUGGAAAACCACCGCGACUUCUUCCAGCGGCACGUGGAGCAGCAUGCAGAGGAGCCGGUGUCCUUUGACAGCUUUGUCAAGAUCUUGAUGUUUCUGCUGAAGCAAUAA